GAUUAUUAAUCGUGAUUUUAAAUUGUCCCUAUCAUCACUGCAAAUAAUUUUACUAUUUUUUUUAAUAAUAUUUCCUUUCUUUAAAAUGAGAGAUUAAAAAGUUUCGCAGAAGAGAACGAAAGAGUAUAUAGUUUGGGAUAAGAGAAGAAAUUUUCGUGCCGUCUGAAUCAUGCAGCCCGAAACGCUCGAAACAUUUUGUAUCUUCUUCGACACGUAAUCUCGGACACGGAUAACCCGGCGCAGCUCGCCGGUUUCCACGGAAUGCCGGGACACCCGUUACGCGAGUGACGAGCCAGUGAGUCACAUCUCUGCGGCCACGAAGGGAAGCAGGGGCAUGAUUCCAGACAAUAAAGCCGUUUAACGAUCGCACCGUCCGCGCGAUUCGAGGCAGACAUCGCAGACACGGUCGAAAGCGCUUUUCGAGGCCGCGAAAGAAGCGCGCCGAUCGCUUCACACGCGUUACGAUUAUCGGCACCGUCUUCCUACGCGGGCUCUUUGUCGACAAACGUGUGAAAGAGAUCCUGCAUUUUCUGUAAAAUUUGUACGUGAACUCUAAAUAAUUCUAAUUAAAAAGCGCGCUUUAUUUUCAAUAUUUUGCAUUUGCUACGAGCGCCAUUGUAAUUUGAUAAACAAAAUGACAAUUUGUGUUAAAACCUAGUAGGAUCACAAUUUCUGUAACUCUUGAAUUGUACCUUGAAAUAGCAAAAAUUGACACCUAAUUCUUGUGUAAAGGCAUAAUCAAAUCUACGAUCGAUUAAUGUGUUAAUAUUAAUUUGCCGUAUUAAUAUUCAAUAUAUCAAUUUAAUACAUAAUGUAUUAAUUUAAUAUUAAUUAUCAGUUAAUACAUAAUUAGUAUAUAUUAGAGAAAGAGAGAAAUUUUACUGUAUUAAAGAGAGGCAGUACGUUUAUACCUUUUGACAUCAGGGUAGCGAUCAUGCAACUUUUCCCCUAGGGCGGAAACGUGAUGAUUUCUCCGUUCAACUUCUACGGUAAAAAUUUUCACUUUUCACAUUAUCGCUCUAGGGAAAAAGUUGCAUGAUCGCUAUUCAGAUUAUAAACGAAAGUAUCGACUCGUGCUUUAUCUUGAGAUUCCAUGUACUUUUCCUGGCACAAGAAUCAAGUGAAAGUUUGCUCGGUUUUUUCCUAUAGAUUUUACACAAUUGCAAUAAAUCGUUCUCUUCUGUGUAGUUAUUUUGUUAGAAUUCCGUAAUGUAGAUGCGCUUCUCUCUCGUUAUAUCUCCCUUCUCUCCGAACCGUACAGAUUUUUUGCUUCGCAACGGAACAUCAAUCAUCAACGAUGCACGCAAUAGCGAUUCUGUUAAUUUAUACUUAUCGUACAACGUUGUUUAUAAUUCAUCAUUUAUGUCGUCAUUGUGUUUAAAAAUUAUUUAUCGACUUCCCGCGUUCCACAAAUUAAAUGAUCCAAUAGUCGUACCGUUUCUGAAAAUUUUGCGGGCUUUACAUUCAUGCGAUCUUCUAUAUAAUUUUUAUCAUGCUCGAUAAAUCAAGAUUUUAUUGCGAUACAAUGUGCAAAGUUUAAAUUCUAAAAGGUGGAGCAAUAUUUUUAUAUAUUUCGCGUGCUGGAUCUUAAUAAAUAUAUUUCUGUAAAAUUGUCUGAAUACAAAAGUACAUUACAUAAAUAAUUUCUUUCGUAGUGAACAGAUUCUCUGAUUACUCUGUCAAACUUACGUACCACCGCUAUACAUAUGCAUGUGACAUACGUAAUAAUUAAGUGGCAUCUUUUUUGUGAUAUAUUCCUGCGAAACCGCGACAACAAUGCGCUUCCGCAGCGACUUAUGCAGGAUGAAGAAUUGUCGGGCGAUUAUUCAGAAGUAGUGAUUCAGACUUGCACUUACGCGAAGUAGAUAUAUAAAGUUUUGCGCGCGAUUCUAUAUGUACAUAUGCACAGCUGCACAUGUACGGGACGUGACUGCUAUCAGCGUAAUCACAUAGUCGCUAUGUCUUCGCUAUUAUCUCGCGUAGAAUUCUUCAGGCGUAUUUGUAACAUACAUUAUGAUACGCACCUGCAUUUUUAUCGCAAUUAAGUCAUCCAUGGUCACUGGCGAGGUAAAGAUCCUCGUAAAGUUUAAGAAACAGAUCUCGCGAUAAAAGCGAAGAAUCACCUGGAGAAUAUUUUUACGAUGGAAUACGAUAAUUGAAAUUCUAUAUCUAAUAAUGUAUAUUUUAAAAUAAUUUAUUCAACAUGCUAAUCGAAUUUGUCGCAUCCUGGAUUUUAUAUAAAUCAGUUUUUAUUUUAAAGUAGCUUUGUAAUAAUUUUAUAAUAUUAAGAAUUCAAUUUUUUCACUUUAGUCAAUAUAAAAAUUUUCUUUCAUUGAUUUUAUGCGAAUAUUUUCGCAUAACAAUUUUUUGGGAGGAGGGCUUGGAUACCUAGAUUAUAUAUAAUUUAUAAAAUCUUGAAAUUCUGCUAAAUAUGUGAGUUUUACUCAUUAUUUGUAACUCUAUACAGUUCGCCUUUUGUGUACUCAGCUGCUGACUAACUGCGCAAACUCUUUUCAGACGCAGCAUCAAACAAGCGUCAAAAGCAGCUCGGAAGAAUUCAUUUUUUCGCUUACAUUAAAACAACAAGAAACAAAACUUUUUAAAUUAAUAAUUGAUAUCUGCUACAAAGAUGUCAACAAAAAUUUUUAUUCUUGAAAAAUUCUGUUAUUCAAUUUAAACAUGAUUUUGUAAGAAGAUACAACGCACACUAUUUACUUUUUUAUCGCUGGAAGGCACAAAAGAAGAUGACUACAUUCUAAAGAGAACGAGAUAUAAAAAAAUAUUUAAAAAAUAUGAUUUAUAUAUAUAUAGCAUUGUUUCCAGUCUACACUUCUUUUGAGCAAUAUUUCAUCGUCAAAGUUCGUCGUCCCUCUCCUCAACUCAACUUUUUCCAAAGUUCAACAUUUUUAGUGCUGAUUGCACAACUCACGAAUCACGAUCAAAUCGCACCUUUAGUAUCGAACAGCGUGACGCGUCGAAGGCUACCGCGUGGCGCACUCCGCGGAAGGUGCGUGCGUGCGUGGCGCGCACACGCCCGGGUCGGUUUUCCUUAAAGAAACGAACGGUCUCUCGCGUUUCUCUCCUCGCGUGCAGUCCCGCGGUGCCACGAGAUAAUGUAACGUUACAACGAGGCAACGCGCGCCCGCGCGGAGUCAGUACGCUCGUGGACGCGCGUCGGGGAGAACGCACGCACGAGCCUCUCGGCCGAGUCCGACCGCGCGGAACUCGACGACGCGUCGAGGAAGGGAAGGCAGGAAGAAAGAAAGAAAGAAGGAAAGAAAGAAAAAGAAACUGACACUUCUCGACCUCACGUGGUGGUGCAACGAACAAGCACACCAUGAAUAAGACGGAAUUCAACAUCGUCCUGAGCACGGAGCCACCGAGGACGUCUCCGAGCGUGAUUCAUUCUCACAUUCCGGUGCCGAGAAUAUCGGCCGCGAUCAAGGCUCAAGAGAGAUGUCCUCCAAAACGCAGAGGAUCCUUCGAGAAGCUCGGCCACGGAACGGGGAACGUGGCAGCCCAAAGAGCGUCCUUCGAGAAGCUCGAAGCUUCGGUCGUACAGCUAAGGUCUCGCAAUAACAAUCAAUUGUCGACCUCCAGCAUCGAGAUGCGAAGAUCUGAGGAGAAGACAAUGCCAACGAGUGGUUGCAGGACAAUGAACGACGUCGUCAAUCUCAACAGGAGCAACAGCUUCUUGGAGUCCAAGUGGAAGAGCAAAUAUGAGGACUCGGAGAAGAGGCGGAAACACCUGCUACAGAAGAGCGAAGCUGUGAAUAAGGAGCACGUGGACUUGGAGAAAAAAUACCAACAAUUGCAAAGGGAAAAUAAUGCAUUGCAGUCACAGGUUCAGGAGAAGGAGCAGAAGCUAUUAAAAUUGCGAACAGUUUCUGAGGCGGUGUGUAAAGAAUAUGAACAAUUAAAACAUCAGUAUGACGUAGAAACGAACGCAAUGCACAAAGCUAUGCAGCAAGCAUCUGAGUGGUAUCGACAAAACCGCGAGCUGAAGCGAAAGUCCCACAUUUUGGCGCAGAAGUUUCAACGCAGCAAUCCAGAUGAAGCAUUGCAUUUCGACAUGUCUGAUGAAGUGGAUUCAAACUUUGAGGAUUUGGAUCAGUUGAGGCAAACGGUGAAAGAUCUGAGUGGCGAAAUAGCGCGAUUACAAACGGAACUUCAUUCUGCGCGGCUUCAGGAAUUCGAGGCGCAGGAGCAGGUGACGCAGCUGACCACGCAGCUGGAGGAGGAAAGAGCCCUCCGACAAAAAAAUGAGGAGAAAAUUAACGAGAUGAAAGUGCAAAAGCAAAACAUGGAAAGAGUCACGAAAAUGGUAGCCGAAGAAGUGCAGACUCUGAAGACGCAAUGCGAUCGCGAACGAGAAAGUGCGAAAAUUCUGAAGAUGGAAGCCGAAAAAUUCCAGAAAGAACGAAACGUCUUAGCGCAUCAAAGUGCUCUCCUCAUGGCAGAGGUCGGAGAUGAUCCGAAUGGAAGAUUGUUAAACGUUUUGAACGAGGUUGAAUCCCUAAAAAGGCUACUAGAGGAGGAAAAGCAAAACCAUACUUCUCAAGUACAGAUAUUGCAGGAGAAAUUAGAGGAAAAGGAAUCGAAUGUAGAAUUUGAGAUUGUCGAGGAGAAGUUAAAGCUAGCGGAGUCUGAAUUAGAAGUAGCUGUUCAGAGAGCCCUAAGGGCUGAGAAUUCGGUAGAAGAGUUGGAGAAGGUUGUGCAAUGCUUGAAACAGAAGAUCAACGAGUUAGAAGAGAAACUUUCGAGACCGCCACCGCCACCGUUACCGCCACCACCUCCACCACCGUCGAUGUCAGCAGUUGGUCAAUCAUCGAUAAAAUUGCUGACUAGAGAAAAAUUAACCUCAGCUGUAAGCGAUAUGGAAAAUAUGCUUGGUAUUACGCCGAAAAAAACGCCUGCGGUCACGCAACAACCUGCUAUCGACGAUAUUAUUAAUCAAAUUAAAGGCGGUCGUUUUACGCUGAAGCAAACAGACAAACAAAGAGAAGAAGACCGGAAAAGACGACAAGAAGCGGAAAGUAAGCCACCAGCAGUUUCUGAGAUGUUAAAUAUUCUUGGUACUAUGAGACGAAGAGCCAAGCCAAUAAGACAGUCAUUCAAGUUUACGGACACGGCAUAAUGAAAAUUGUUUGGACAAAUACAAUUUAUAAUUCUAAAAACAAAAGUUUAACGAAUCUAAAACAAUUGAUUAAAUUAUACAUUAUUAUUAUUUUACAGUAUGCUAUAGAUUUUCGUCAUCACACGUGUAUAUUUUGUCUUAUAGAUUUGUCUUGCUCAAUCUAAAUUUAUGCAAAAUCUAUUUAUUCGAUUGUAAAGAUAACUUUUGUACUAUUGUAUGAAACUUAACCCAGAAGAGGUCUAGUGUAAGAUCGGUGGCUAUUUUGCAAAUAUUUUCUAAUGUACAUGUUAAGAGAAAUAAAAGCAGAAAAAUGAAAAAAA